GGGGGGGGGGGUGAGGAGAGAGGUGUCCAUCUGUUUACUAGUAAAAGCUGACCUAAUCAGAAAGGUGUGGAUGCUAAUACGGGCUGGGGGGGGGAACCGUUUCUCUGGCUUCCCUCUCUCUUUCUCUCUCCCCACCCUCCCUCACGCUCUCUCCCUCUCUCUCCCCACCCUCCCUUCUAAGGUUUUAAUCAUCAUUCAUUUGGAAAAGUGACACCACCGCUUCUGGAUGGACAAGCCAAGCGGGCAGAAGAUUGCAAAACCAACACCGAUUACAUCUCGAGCGGCGACAACGCAGCUUCGCAUCGACUUGCUUUUCAUUUGGAAAUUGUGACCUUACAUUUUCAACAGAGAGAGAGAGAGAGAGAGAGGGAGAAACCCUACACACACACACACACACAGACAGAUGUAUCAAUGAUCAACAGAGACACAGAGAGAGUGCGUGCGUGAAAGAAUCAUCUUCCAAUUUCUGUUGGAUUUUAAGAUUGUCAAAAAAAAAAUCUACAUCGAAAUUUCAUCUGGCGAAAUCCAGCGGCCGUGUGCUCACAAUAAAGGCUGCUUUAAAAAAAAAAGAGAGAGGCACACAGAGACAAGACUAGCUAUAAACACGCUGGCUGAUGGCACAAAGGUAUGAUGAGCUGUCCCAUUAUGGGAUAGACGGGGUGUCCAUGGCGAGUUAUGGAGAUUCACACGCCUCUCGGAAUCUGGGUCACCAUCUGAACCAUGGCCCCGGCAUUCACGCACAACACUACCCGCCUGGAAGUGCAUCUCACCGGGCGCCGCUACCUGGGAGCUUGGGUAACACCAUCAACGACAGUCUGAAGAGGGAAAAGGAUACCAUAUACGGGCAUCCUCUCUUCCCUUUGCUGGCCCUGGUGUUUGAAAAGUGCGAACUAGCGACGUGCACUCCCAGGGACUGCGGGAUGGCCGGAGGAGAUGUGUGCUCAUCAGAUUCCUUCAAUGAAGACAUCGCCGUGUUUGCUAAACAGAUUCGAACAGAAAAACCUCUAUUUUCCUCCAAUCCGGAGCUGGAUAAUUUGAUGAUUCAAGCCAUCCAAGUGUUGCGGUUUCAUCUGUUGGAGUUGGAAAAGGUCCACGAAUUGUGUGAUAAUUUUUGCCACCGCUACAUCAGCUGCUUGAAGGGCAAGAUGCCUAUUGACCUGGUGAUAGAGGACCGCGAUGGAGGCUCAAAAUCUGACCUGGAGGAUUUCACCGGCUCCUGCACCAGCCUCUCCGAUCAGGUAGGGAGCAUUUGUCCACCCGAUCCCAGUCUCUCUCUCUGAUGUACGGUCUGUGAA